CAACAUCCCUAAACCCUAUCUUAAUUCUCUAAAAUGUACCUUCCGCUUUUCAUCUUUUCCCUAUUACUUUCACUAUACCCUGCAAAUGCAGGGGACUACUGUGUUGCCGACCUAAAAGGCCCAACAAACCCAUCGGGCUACUCCUGCAAACCCAAGGUAACAGUCGAUGAUUUCGUGUACCACGGUCUUGCCACCACCGGAAACACCACAAAUCUAAUCAAAGCCGCAGUAACACCCGCAUUCUCAACCCAAUUCCCGGGUGUGAAUGGAUUGGGACUCUCGAUUGCUCGAUUAGACAUCGCGGUUGGUGGGGUUAUCCCAUUCCAUACACACCCAGGUGGGUCUGAAGUCCUUGUAGUGAUUCAAGGGACAAUUUGUGCUGGUUUUGUUGAUUCAGCUAACAAUGUGUUUUUUAAGACCUUAAAUAAGGGUGAUGUUAUGGUAUUCCCACAAGGGUUAUUGCAUUUUCAGAUAAAUAGUGGGAAAAUACCGGCUAUUGCUUUUGUAAGCUUUAGUAGUCCAAGUCCGGGUCUACAAAUCCUUGAUUUUGCUCUAUUUGCUAAUCCUUUACCUACUGAUAUUAUUGCUACUACCACUUUUCUUGAUGCUGCUACUAUUAAGAAGCUUAAGGGUGUUCUUGGUGGUACCAACUAGUUGGGAAAUUGGGAUAGCUUGCUAACUUUUUUAGUAAGCCUUCAUUGAAUUUCUAUUCAUCCUUUUAUUUAUUUUUAUUUUUUUAGAAUGUCAAAUUGUGAAAAAGAAAAAAAAUAAUCCCUUAAUAGUUGAGUAUGUAUCUUUGUUUUUGUAUUUUUGAUUGUUUGGGGUAUGUGUUAUCCUUGUAUUGUUGGUUCAUUUUGUUUAUAUUUACGAAUUCAUUCAAAUGUAACUGUGUUUCAGA